CGCCAUCCUACAUGAAAACAUACGAGUGAGUUAACGAAUUUCAACUAUCAUCCCACAUUUCAACUUGUGUUAUUCUUACAACUAAAUUAUCUAAAAUUGCAAGAGUCAACAAAUUCAUCCUAAUAAAAUGAUGAUUUGCUUUAACCAUAAUUUGUCCAAUCUAAUGAAUUCAUAUAGGUGAGGAAUCAUCAUGGCCAAGAUUGAUGCUCGUUUACUAAAUUCACCUAAUAUAAUAACUCCACGAAUUAUGAUGCAGUGACAUCAUGAGAAAAGACCACCAUUAAUUAUCCAAUCCGCCACUCAACAACACAAUAAUACAAGAGAAGAGAAAUCCUGGCAAGUCAAAACCAUCCAUCCAUUAUUAACACCUCUGCUUGCAUUGUGACUAAACACUCCCAGCAGCCUUUCAGUGAAGAAGAGGACACACCCUUCAAAGCUGCAACCCAAGGAGGGUAUGAUCAGCAACUCUGUUUUAGAUUGGUAUGUUGGACCAGGUCUCCCUUUGAUCAUAGAUGGCUUGGUUUGUUGGGCCAUGUCUCCUUUGAUUAUGGUGUUCAUAAGUGCAUGGUAUAUGAUAUAUAAUCGAAUCUUAUUCAACAACACGAGUUAUAAAAACUUAUUGUGUGUUUUGAUAUAGUAUCAAGUUUUUUUUUUCAGUAUGUCUUCUGCUCUCGAAUCCUUGUGACCCAGUUGAUAAAUACAUGGCGUCUCUGAUGCUUGUGUAAACUUCAAACUCACGUGAGUGAUAUUUUUCGUUCGAGGGGGUGUUAUAUAUUUAGUAGUCAUUUGAGGUUGAUCAUACUCAUUGCACCAUAGACCAUGUUCCCGUUGAUGUUCCCGUUGAUUUUUCCUUUGAGCAAGAAGCUUGCAGCUGGAUCUUUCAUUUGGUCCCUCCCUAGAGUAUUACAACUACUACCACCAUCACUGAAACCCAGCAGGAAUCAGUACCAUUAUUAUUUUCAUCAUAAAGUCAACGUAAGCUCCACAGAAACCAUCAAACCGUCUUCCCCGACUCCCUCCAAACUCGCCACAUUCAAGCUCUCCUUCAUGGACAACCUAGUCCCUCCAAUUUACGUACCUUUCAUCUUCUUUUUUCCUGCUCCCGCCUCCACGGGACCAAAACCAGGGGAGAGAUUCGAGACCCUCAAGUCUUCACUCGCCCAGACCCUCACGCACUUCUACCCACUCGCCGGCAGGCUGUCCAGAUCCGACGAAGAUAACGAAGCCGGUCCCAUUCCAGUCAUCAACUGCAACGACGAGGGUGUCCCGUUUUCUUCCGCCACGUUCGAUGCGUCCGUGUCUCAGUUUCUAAGGAGACGACUCGAAAUCGACUCGCUCCAGCAAUUCCUCCCUUUCCCUUCCCAUCUUAUCAUCUCGGGCCUCGAAUCGGCGCCGCAGAUCGGCUUCAGGGCUACCGCGUUCCCCUGCGGCGGUCUCGCCAUCGGCGUGUGCUUGUUGCACAAGAUCAUAGAUGGCCCCACUUUGGCCGAUUUCAUGAAACUCUGGUCCGCAUUCGCCAGCAGCGAGGAGAAAACGGCGGCGGGUGGCAGCGGGUACGCUCACAAUCUCGCUGCCACGUCACUCCUGCCGCCACGACACGACGAUGUCCCCGCGGCCACAGAGGGCGAAGAAGGGAAGGUGCUGAUGAGGAGAUUCGCGUUCGAUGAAGAAGCGAUCCACGCGCUGAAAGCCAAAGCGAAGAGCGAUCAGAUACCCGACCCGACCCGGACCGAGGCUGUUGGUGGAUUUUUGUGGAAAUCGGUGAUGAGUGCAGCAGCUGCCAGGGCAGCAUCACCCGACGGGUCAAAGCCCAGAUCCGUUGUCUCAGUUGCAGCAAUGGCAGUUAAUCUUCGAUCUCGAAUGAAUGAGCCAUGGCCAGAUUACUCUGUUGGCAACAUAAUUUGGCCUGCUCUUUCAUUGUACCACAGCGAUCAACAACAAGAUUCUUUAGAUGAUGGAACAAAUAAAACAAUACAAGAGUUGGUCCGUAAAUUAAGGGGGUCAGUUGCGAAACUUGAUCAAGAGUUUAUGAGAAAGUUACAAGGCAGAGAUGGGAGACGAGAAUUUCUAAGGAACCUAGAAGCAUUUUGGAAGCCAGCAACGAUCAUGGUAGAUGUUGUUGUUCAAAACGCGAGUAUAGUAGCGCCGUUUACAAUUACUUCCACAAUUGGACUGAGAUUGUACGAUGUUGAUUUCGGAUGGGGAAAACCUGCUUGGGUCACCAUGGCUCAAUUCCCAACUCCAAAUGUGGCCUUUUUGCUGCAGUCUCCGGUUGGAUAUGGUGUUGAAGUUUGGCUCACGUUGCCUGAAAAAGAAAUGACCAUGCUGGAACAAGAACCUGAAUUCACUACUUAUUCUAAGAAUAAUAUGUGCGUACUUUGAGCCCCGACUACCUAUAUAUUAAUCAAGUUUCCUUUUUUACUUUAUAACUUCAUCAAAUAAGUACUGGUGAUUGUUUCUUAUUGUUGGAUUGUAUCCGAUGAAGGUGAUAAUGUAGUGAUCUUUUUCUACUUUUCUCUAUGUGGGUUGGUUGUAUUAUGAGUUAAUAUAUUUUCAUAUUAAUACACACGUAAUUGUUUCCCUCAAAGUUGACAUUAUAUGAAUUGUAUUUGUUUGAGAGUGAGAUUAAUUUCACAUCAUAGUUUGAAACUAAGACUUAUAGAUGCUACUUAUUUUUUCAUGAGUGGCACGUGGAGAUAAAUGUUUGAGAAUUACGACAGUACUAUUGCCCUUAUUUUGUUCUCAUCGCCCGCCAACUCACGCAUCCACCACCUCUUGCUGAGCAGAACAAUUAACUAUCAUUCUGAAUUCACAAUAACAAUUAAUUCCGUGAUUAGAAGUUGAUUAUUUGCAUGAUUAAACGUAUGAAAGCAUCGGUGAACAUGAGAAUUGAGAAGGUUCCUGGUCCCGCUGGCGAGUCGAGUGACGUCGAGGUCCGCUUUCGGGGAGUUGGAGAACGAGAUCGGAGAAGGGUUCUUGGCCGUGGUUGACGAGAACGUAAGGGCACUUAAUGGAUUUUGAAGGAAUCCUCGAACAACAUCGAGUUCGGAAGAGAAGGGAUAUCACGAAACGACGGCGUCUAGGUGAUGAAGCGGAGAACAUUCUGCUCAACCUUCAAGAGACUUGGGACCUCGGCAUCCCUUUGGCAACCGACGACAUCAAAUUAAAGCCGUCGUUCUUGUCAGUAUUAUUAAUAAAUUAUUUCAUUCAUAAUUAUUGCUUUGAAAUUUAAGCAACAAUGAAUUAUCAACUUUGACUUCUUCCUGGUAUUUGACCAAUAAUGAAUUAUCAAUUUUUGUUCUAGAGAAACUGUUUUCUGAAGUUGUAUAAAAAGUUAAAAUUGAUUUUUUUUAGAGUAGAAUUUUAUAAUCUUUUACUUUGUGUUACUAUCGAUAUGGAUUAUGACUUCCUUGUUUGUAUACUAGAAUAUGUUUUUGGUGGAGUUGAGACAUCAACGAGCGGCGAGCGCAAUAAAAUAGACCGUGUCAGAGGUUACAACAAGCGAAGGAAGAGGUGAGUCGAGUCUUCCAAAGCAAGGGAAAUGUUGAUGAAGAUCGACUCAAUGAGCUAACCUAUUUGCACGCAAUUAUCAAAGAGAUUUUACGAUUACACAUUGUCAGCCCGUUAGUUCUCCCAAGAGAAACUAGAGAGACCGUACAGAUCUAUAGAUUUGAGAUCCAUGUCAAGACUAGGGAUCUCAAACCGAUAGAACAGUUUGAAAUACCCCCCAACAAGGAAACGAGUAUUAUCAAAUUAAUAUAUAUGGCCGCCAAUAAUAUUCUCCAACAAUUAAUAAAAUCUUGAAGGAAUCCUCGAACAACAUCGAGUUCGGAAGAGAAGGGAUAUCACGAAACGACGGCGUCUAGGUGAUGAAGCGGAGAACAUUCUGCUCAACCUUCAAGAGACUUGGGACCUCGGCAUCCCUUUGGCAACCGACGACAUCAAAUUAAAGCCGUCGUUCUUGUCAGUAUUAUUAAUAAAUUAUUUCAUUCAUAAUUAUUGCUUUGAAAUUUAAGCAACAAUGAAUUAUCAACUUUGACUUCUUCCUGGUAUUUGACCAAUAAUGAAUUAUCAAUUUUUGU